GUGACGCGGCGUUGGCGUGCGGCAGAACGUGAAGCAGCAGGGACCAAUCCUGACCAAGCACGGCAAGAACCCGGUGAUGGAGCUGAACGAGAAGCGGCGCGGGCUCAAAUAUGAGCUCAUCUCCGAGACGGGCGGCAGCCACGACAAACGCUUCGUCAUGGAGGUGGAGGUGGACGGGCAGAAGUUCCAGGGAGCCGGUUCCAAUAAGAAGGUGGCCAAAGCCUACGCCGCGCUGGCAGCGCUGGAGAAGCUCUUCCCCGACGCCCCCGUCGCCAUUGAGCAGAACAAGAAGAAGAGAACCCCUCUGCCUGCCAGGGGAGGGCCCAAGUUCGCCGUGAAGGUGAGGAGUGCUGCCCUGUGGGGGUCCGGGCUGAGCCCUGCGCCUCCGUCCUGCCGUUCCGUGGCGUUGUGACCUUUAAGGACCUUC